AUGUGUGUGUCUGCUCCCGGGGCGUACCACUUCCGCGGCGGCGUGCAAGCCGAGAUGCAGAUGAACUCUCCACGUCUGCUCCACGUCCUUCCUCACACUUCGGGCGGACCGUUUGGGUAACGAGCAAAGUGACCGGUUGGUCUCAGGUUCCACUCAUGGGAUGCGGAUCGGCAUCGCGUCCAGGAGAGCGCGGUGUGCGCAUAGUGAACGCGGACGAGAUGAUGGUUUGAACGGGCAGCGGUGUGGGAACGAAGGGUGAGACGUACGGUGUUUAUUCAGUUUGUUUUGUCGUCAAAUCCUGGUUCAUAUUUUCCCUUCUGAACCAGUGUUUGGAGAGUGGGAUGCAGUAAAAUAAAAUAGUUAAUCUGUCGUUCACAACCACUUGAUACAUUUAUCUAUUUAGUCAUUCAGUUGUUUUCAAUUUGCUUAUUAUUAUUUUCUUGAUUAAUCAAUUGGUUGUUUGGGCUACAAAUAGUCCCCUUUUCAAAAGUCCUUACUUUAAAUGGUAUUAUUAGUAUUAUUACAAAAUAAUUUAUUAAUUAUUUGAAAAGUUGCUGUUGGUUUAUUUACUGCCUAAAUGCUGCAGCUCUAAACUUUUCUUGUUUUACAUUUGGUUUAAUGUUCUUGGUGUCACAUUGAAUACUCCAAUACAUUUUAAUGCUAUAAUUAGAGGAACAGAGCAACGUGGUUGAUCGAUGGAUUGAAACCUUGGGUAUGGAGUGGGGCAUCACAAUACCAUACCCAAUCAAUUGGGGGUCAAGGUCUGGUGAAACCUCUCUAGCGCCCCCUGACUUUGAGCAUGAUACGCCGAGGAUUUAGAAUGUCUUACCUAAGUUGAGUUGUUUCAGAAUCUGGGCAAACAUGUGAGAAGUAAAAAUUGAAACCCUGUCGCUCUGGAGAACCCGCGGAAUGCAAAAUAUGGAGAUAAACUGUGACAGAGCUUUAACCACAGCUCUAGUUGUCAUGGAACGCAACGGAUAGGCAGCAGGAUACCUAAUCGCCUGGCACAUCACUGUUAACAGAUACUUAGCACCAGACGCUGAUGGAGGAAGAGGACCAACACCAUCAAUUAUAAUAUGUUCAAAUGGCUGUCCUAUGGCAGGUAUAGGGUGUAAUUUUACUUGUAAUAAUAGUGUAAUUUUAGUGUGUAUGUUGGGUCUGGGGUACCUGUUAUAGUUUAUACAGAUCACAACCCACUUACAUUUCUUAACUCACUUAAGCGUCUGAACUAAAGGCUUAUUAGGUGGUCUUUGCUUCUGCAGUCCUUUGCUCUGGAUAUCAGGCACAUUAAAGGGAAGGAUAAUGUGGUGGCGGAUAUGUUGUCUCGUGCUCCUGUUUAGAGCCCUAUCUAAUCUCUGAUCUUUUUUUUGUAGACUGGCGUGGACUGCCCUGGCCUGUUCUUCUCCUGACAGCCUUAUUGUAGCUGAAACAUCAGCAUCCAGCUGUUAAGGGGGAAGGAGAGUCCAGGUGGUGCAGGGCCAGUGCUAAGAGUGGUUACACUCUGGGGGUUUGAACAUCUAAAAGUAUUUUAAGAUUUAAACCAUGGUAUGAGCUAAUGUUAACAUUGAAAAGUUGAUUGAUGUGCAUUUAAUUGGUUAUGUUUAAAUUUUGUGUUAAUAGAAGUGAUCACUUCAGUGUUUUUUAAAUGUUGAGUGUGGAACUGUGGUUCUUAGUGAGACCACAACUUUAAGUGGGGGGGUGUGAUGCCCCACACAUAGGUAGACACACCAUCCACUACUCAUACUAACUGGCGCCCUGUAGGUGAGCCUGGGUGGGGCAUUGUCCUGAUGGCUAAUGGAGAGCACCUGUCUCCUAAGGUCCAUAUAUGCCAUGCCCCUGCCAGUUGACAGGAGGAUCGAGAGGAGGCAGACCUGGCCUUCCACUCCCUGCUUCAGUCUCCAUGCGUUAUUUCCGUUGUGUUUGAGCUGUUCUCUUCAUUCACACAUGCACCACACCAUGUUUCACACAUCCACACUUACAGCACUGACUUCCCACCUCAUAGGAUCGUUAUGGUUUUGGGAUCUCAAAUUCACAUCAGAACCCGGAUACGUGUACAUCCAGUGAGACAGUAACCUCGAACCCCAUUUCGAGGGAACACCAGGAUGCAUCCCAUUUCCUCACAGCUUUUCAGCAAGACUUUUGUUGGUGGCAGCCAAUGGAAACCUGCUGCUGCAGCCUUUCUGCUCUUCCUGUGCCUUGGCGUCUGUCCCUCUUUGGCCACUUGCCCACCCUGCUGCCUUUGUGCCAGUGAUAUGAUUUCCUGCAGCGGGCGCAAUCUGUCCAUAGUGCCCUCUGAUCUCCCAGGCUAUGCCACACUGUUGGACUUGAGCCACAAUGCUCUCACUGUCCUGCAGACCCCGGAUUGGAUUUCCCGGCCAUUUGACAGACUUGCUACACUCGUUGUCAGCCGCAACUCUAUCAGCCAUAUCAAGGUAGAUGCCUUCACUGCGAUGCCACACCUCCUCCAUCUGGACCUCUCUUUCAACCAACUAAUUGCAUUGAACAAGUCCAUUUUUGCCGGGAUGGAGGAACUUAAAGAGCUGCUCUUGUUUGGCAACGAGAUUGUUCAGAUCAACACUGGGGCCUUCAGCAAUCUUUACAGCCUGCAGAAGCUUUACCUCUCUGGGAACAGACUGACGGUUUUCCCCCUUGGGCUUUAUUGGGAACCUGGAGGGCCUCGUAAUCUGACCUUUCUUGAUCUGUCAUACAACAGGCUUUGUGAGGUGCCUGUCCAGAGCCUUUUGGCUCUUACCCGGGGUGGUGGGAUUUAUUUGCAGGAAAACCCUUUAGUCUGUGACUGUGCUUUACUUGCCUUGCUGGAGUAUUGGAUGUGGAAACAGUAUCGGCCACUAGUGGAUUUCAGAGGUGGAUAUCCAUGCAGGGACGGAUCGGGACCGGUAUCUGAAUGUGGCCUGGAGGUAGUGUUAGAGAUGCCAUUUGAGGCACAAACCUACCAAGUGGAGCUUGGCAAAAGGCUAAGAGUGCCAUGUCCAGGGUUGGACGCUCAAGGCCGAGAGGUGUUCUGGCUAACCCCGAAGAGUGUAGUGAAUUCAUCAACCAAUGAUCCGAAUACUCCGUUAGUAGUAUUACCCAAUGGCACGCUUGAAAUCUGGGGAGCCCAAAUGGAGGAUUCUGGGACUUAUGGAUGCGUGGCAGCCCGCGGGCACCACUACAACCCCAACGGAUCUUUGGAGGUCAAUGUAGUGGUUGGAAACCUAAGCACGGCCUCCACCAGCGGCUUAGCAGUCGGCAGGAGUGCCGAACAUUUCAACACAGCGUUCACCACCCUGGCCUCCUGUGUGGUCAGUAUCAUUCUGGUGCUGCUCUACCUCUACCUCACCCCUUGCCGAUGCCGGGAAAACCGGGGUGGGGGAUCGAGAGGGUGCGGUGGGCGAGCCUUCAUCCUCUGCUCAGACCCCAGAGAAGUCGAGUCAGGAGAGCGGCGGUCAAGUGGAAAGAGGGUGGCUUUCUUAGAGCCACAAGUCGAGGACUCAGUCAUUGGUGGUCCCAAGACACAAGUAAUGAAUUUGGGUCAUAUUAUCACCACCGAAGGAAUUCUCAAAAAUGGAAGUAGGACAGUGGGACAGACCAUCAUGGACACCGCUCACAUUGCAUAACAACAAAGUUACCUUUUCACAUUAUUGUAUACUUACAGUCUGAUCCCAAGUGUUUUGUUUUCACUGUCUUAUUUCAGGAUACAAAUGAGAAAAUCAGUUUAAUGUGAAGUAGUGUACUGUGAUUCUCGUUAUGCACUUUAGGGGUGUGGGUGUUUGGUCUGAAGCAAUGUAGUCCUGUCAGGGGCAAAACUUAAAUUGUGUCUCUAUUGUAAGGGGUAUCUAUUUUUUACAUUAAUAACUCAAAGACUUCAAGGUUGAGUUGUGAUUGCCAAGAUCACAACAAACAUAACUGUUUUAAAUUGUCUCCUGUCUCAUACUGUGGAUUAUUUUAAAAUAUAAUGGUAAUAUGUGUGAAAUGUUGAGCUUUGAAGUCACGUGUGUGCUACCCACCCCCUUCAAAUUAUAGAAAUUAAAUAAAACAUGUCAAGGGUCCUUUAUUGAAAGCAUGGAAUCCCUCCAAGUGAGCCAUAGUAUACUUUUAUGUUGCUAGCACACGUUAACUUUGUGUUUAAUUACACAUAAAAUACAUUUGAUAAACUUGUGGGAUGUGUUUUUUAUUUUUUCUAAUGAUUGGUCAAAUUACUUUGCAAAGACUCUGAAACUGAUAAACUAAGAACCAUAACAUAACUCUUGUUGUGAACACAACUAUCAAGGACAUUUUCCAUUUUUUUUUCUUCUGUCCGACUACUCUCUUAACCUUCUUUAUUUUCAGUGAAAAUAGCAGCUUAGCGCUCAGCAGUAAACAGCACACAGAAAUAAAUACUAGCUUGCAAACAAUGUCAAAUAUCUUUUUUAAAAGCUAUAUAGUAUAUAUCAGCAAAAUUAUUUUUAAGAGUUGGUCGAGACCAAAAAACUGGAAAAGGAGAGUGAUUAUCGAACAUCACAGGCAACUGUUUGCUAAAAUGUUCAGCAUGUGAACUCACUGUUAACAGUUUUCUUCAAAACGUCCGUUGACCUAAAUGAAUAGUUCUUACAAUAA